AUGCGCGUGGAAGGCGAUUCCUCGAACAUCAUGAAACCACAGACCCUCGAGCUGUCGGCGGCAGCCGUCGGUAGCCGGACGGCGACCGGCUCGAGUUCUAUUGUACAAAGUAGCCCUAGCGUAGGCAUAAGCGGACCCAGCAACGGUGGCGGGAUGUCCAGUAGCAGCGGAAGUAGUACUACAACUCCGACACACACGGCCAACGGUCCCGGGCCGUCGGUUACAGUCAGCAGCAGCAGCGGCAACAACAGUCCGAGUUGCUUCAUCAAACCGUCGCUCUCGCUCAACUCGCUGCCCCCACAAGGGCCGCCGGAGGGCUCGGAAAUGGCCCAGCACCGGCUGCGUAUCGAUCGUCCGUACAACAGUUUGAAGAAAAAACGGGACACGGAGCGCGAGCUAUGGCGCCGGUCGUGGGGCAGUGGCCACAGUCACAGCUCGUGCAGCCUGCAGAGCAGCACGACCAACACCGGGCUCGGCAAGGACGACUUCUGGGCCGCGCUGCAGACGAACUACAACUUCAUCAUGGACACCAACCUGCUCGACAGCUGUCGGGAGGCCAGAGGGGAAAUCGAAGGCCCCAUCUGCCGGAACGAUCCGGAGGGUGAUGUGAACUGCUGCCGGAAGGCCCUGUUCAAACCAAUUCAAACGCACCGCUUCUACGGCGAUCCGCGCUUGCUGCGCCAGUGGAUCAGGGAGAUGGAGAACCGGGUGGCCAGAGUGCCGUCGGUGACGGAAACCAAGAGACUGAGCAUCGAGCAGCUACAGAAGCUGGCAGUGGAUCACGGGGAAGUUUAUCGUGAAAUCAAAUCCAACUCCCGGGCAGUAGCGGCUUGCAUUCGUAGCUUCGAACGUGACCGAAAGACUGCGUCGUCCGCCGCAUCCGGUAAGCUCGGCGCACCGGAAGCCGAGACAGGAGCAGGAGGAUCAGCGCUCGCAAGCAGCAACACCAGUGGCCAUAAUAGUAGUGUAGGACUAGUUAAGGAGAGCAACGGUGGCGGUGGUGUGAAGGGUCUAGAACGACGCUACCAUUUGCUGUACUUGAAGGCGUUCGAGAUACAGUGUCUGCUCGAAGGACUGCUCGACAGCAAGACUUCGAGCUCCGACAACAACGCUAGCCUGUCGGACACGGAUGAGGAGCCGGCCAGCAAGCUAGCACGUGUCAGCAGCUCGAGCAACAAAUCGCAGAGUUCGCUUCACAACGAAACGCUGACCAAUGAAGAAUGGGUUAAGAUAAAGAAGCUCUCCAACGCCGGGUUCGAUGCCGAUUCUGAGGGCAGCGACAGUGAAAUUGUGCCGAAAAUUAUCCCCUUCACUGGUUCAGCGGUGAGCAACGGGAACGCAUACGGAAGUAGCAGCGGCAGUAGUACCAGCAAACAGCAGCUGCCGCAGCAGCAACAGCAGCAGCAGCCAGAGCAGCCAGAGCAGACGGGCACCGGUCCCGUGGCAGGAUCAACGUCAGGACCACCGCCCGGUAACCCUAGAAUGGAAGCAGACAUUAUCAAUCUAUCGACAGCCACGAUCACUUCGGACGCUACCACGCUGACCUCCACCGCACAGGAAGCUUUGUUGAAGGAAAACAUUCUCAACAACAAUCACUGCGCCACCUCCGCCGGUGAGGACCAGGUUGAUGGGUGUGACUUGGUGGACGGUGUGCUGGACUCGGUGAACAACAACAAUAACAGCGGCAGCGGCAGCAGUGCCAAGGACGAGUCCCUGCAAAGCGGUCAGUCACCCAUCAUCGAGCACACACCGAACCUGAAAACGUCCUCCCCGAUCGGUUCGCACAAGAGUUCGCACGUGGCCAAAGGAAAACCGAAGCGCUCGAAAGUGAGCGAUUCGUCCAAGUUUAACCGCUCGAACCGAAAGUCGAAGAACUGUGCGAUCUUCUACUUUAAGCACCUCGACACGGACUCGGAGCUGAACAAGGAAUCGAGCGAACGGACUAAAUCGGACGAGUCGUCUUCCGGUGGCUCGGCCUCAUCGCAGUCCGCGUCCUCGUCCGAAGGGGACGACGAGUGGGUUUACAAUAAUGGCGCCGAAGGUGACCAGAAUGGGAAUGGCGCGCUGAGCAAGAGUAAAGCGGGCGAAGAAGAAGAAGACGAAAAGGAGAAUCAACCGGAUGCAGCACGGCACGGCCGUAACGGCAAGCCCGAGGACGUGCCCCACGCCGAACAACCCAUGAUGACUGCCGGUGGCCGGGAGCUGAAGUCGAAGAAGUGCCUUGACUUUGGGCGGGAAUCCGCGACGACGAAACGCGACGGAACAGGGCCGAUUCGCAAUGGACGCUCACUGAUGAUGACAUCGAUCGGCAGUUUUGGCAAGAGCUCGGAGGGCAAGAAGGCAGCUGGCAAGCACCCGCAUCAUCAUCAUCAGCAGCAGCAUCAGCAACAGCAGCAGCAACCCUCGCAGUAUGCGACCAGCUCGAUCCAAAGGUUAGUGCUGCAUGCCGAGACGCUGGUGCGUGACGAAAUUUUGGCCAAAAGCGCGGCCGCCAAAGCUGCAGCCGCCGCUGCCGUUGCCGGGUGCACGCCGAAAACGGUGGUGAAAAACCCGCACUACUACAACCACCAUCACCACCAUCAUCAUCACAACUACACCACGAACAACAGCAACAGCAGUAACAAUAGCAACACCAGCGCUGGCCAUCAGCAGCAACAGCAGCCGCCAUCGCCGCCGCAGUCGCAGCCAUCGCAGCUCGCGUUACCACAGUCGUUAGUGCUGCUGUCGGGGACGGUUCCGGGUAUGGGUCCUAUUGGCCCGCGUGAGCUUCACACACGACGUACCGCGGCGCAAAACCAUCACCAUCACCACCAUCAUCACCAUCAUCAAAGUCACGGUCGAAAGGCGGAGAAAGCGAUGAGCAACCUGAAGAUGAAUCUGAUCGAGGAAUGGCUCGAGAAGCAACCGCUCGAUGCACCGGUGUCGGCCCCGCUGCUGCCCACGUCCGCCCCGACCACCGACUGCGAGGCGUCGGGCGAGUACACGGACUCGGACUCGAUCGCACGCGACACGGACAGCUCGGAGGGGUUGGCCAACUCGGUGGCCACCUGUCUGCAGGGUGGCGAGGGUGCCACCCAAACGUCCCAGGAGCUGCUGAACGAUGGCGCAACGUCGUAUCCGUCGGAGAACUCGAACGAAGUGUCGAACGACGACGAGGGUGGCUCGCGACCGCGACCAACCGGCGGCGGCGCCCGCGGCACGGUGGCGAACAGUGGCCUGAUGAGCACCUCACUUCCGACGAUGAUGCGUAAUGAGCCGCCGAGUGGCGGUGGAGGCGCCACCGCCGGGACGACGGUCGUGAAACGCCGACCCCACAGGUCAGCGGCCGAUCGGCCGUGGUCGGUGUCGUGCAUGUCGCAACUGAACGCCUCGUCCGUGGAGAUCAACCAGUACGGUGACAGUGCGGGCGGUAGCGGUGGUGUUUGUGCUACCGACAGCGGUGGAAGUGGAGAGCUACCGAAUCACGCCGGCAGUGGCGGUGAUCAUGCAAACACUGGCGGUGGCAGUGGUGGUGGUGCUCAGUCAGGUCCAACGGGCGGCGGUCUCCCGCUGAAGGAGCGCAACUUCUCCAUCAGCGAAUCCGCGCUGCACACCAUGUCGAGAGGGGGUAGUGGCGGCGGCGGCUCGAUGGGUGGCAGCCGCAGCGGCAGCAUGAAACCGACCUCCAGUCAGCAAACUGUCGUCCGCAACUCCGAAAGCAAGGGUUCGCUGAAGAAGCGCAAGUUGCGGCCACGUCGUAAGAAUCGUAUCGAUGAGUCCGGUUCGGAUGAGUCUCAGCCACCGGCGCACAGCCCCUCGACGUUACAUCUUCUGCAGCAAUCGCUGCUACUGCACUGUCAACAGUACAACGCCCUAACCGGCCAAGGUGGUGGCCAGCAGCCGCUGCGCGAGAUUCAGCUGUCCGGCACCGACGGGAGCAACAGUAGCCUGGCCGGGCUCGGUAGCCGACGGUUGCUCAAAUCGCUAUCCUUCUCCGGUCGGCUGCGCCUCUCGGACGAUCUGCUCACCCUGUCGUCGCUUUCCGGUUCCUCGUCGCGCAAAUCGUCCUCGGUUCGGCCAUCCGCUGGUGGUGGUACCGAGCGACGAUCGACGAAGAAAUCGCAGGACAGCGAGGAAGAGUUCGGUGUCUGCCCGAUGGCGAAGCCCGAGUUUCGCAUCGGUUCGCUAACGCGAACCCGGUGCGGAAGCCUCAAUCUAGGAUCAUUAGCGGCGCUCGCUAAUUAUAAUCUAGAUGGCGUGGAGAAGGGCCCGGAAACCGAUCUGAACGGUACCGGCACCGGGACGGAGGAGAUGAGCAGCUUCUCGGAGCAGGCGUGGGACAACUACCAGGAGAAGUACAUGUCCGAGCCGUACUCGGAGGACCGGGACACGGACGCCGCCCGGCGGUUGCUCGACUUUGGCGACGACUACCGCAACUUUAUCGACUCGCAGUCGGACUGCGCUUCAUCGUCGCUGUCGGCGGCGAACAUGGACUCGCUGUCACCGCCACGGUUCCGCAACAAGGCGGAAUCGCUGAACAAAUCGGACACGAACACCAAUUCGCUGAACCGCCGGAAGCGGCUCGAUGAGUACCGGAUGGACGAUCGUUACGGCAACAACAUGAACUCGUGGUCAAGCAAAUCGGGCAGUCCACCACAUUCAACGGUCAACGGAGGCGCUCGGAAGCAUGGGGCUCUGUCGUUCCUGGACUCGACUCCGCUGGCAACGAUGCUGGAAGCCAGUGCCGGGGCAAGUGCAGUUGCAGGGCAGGGUAGCAGCGCCGGUGGCGGUAGUAAUGGCCGGCGUCGUUCACUGCGGUCGGUCGACAAGCAUAACGCGACCUUCGUGCGCUCGGUUUCACACGAAACGAGCAGCAGCUCAAACAACGAGUUCGACGAGGACAUGGAGGCCGAAGUGAAGAAGCUCUGUGUUAUGAGUGAAAUUAUUAGCACGUGCCGAGAAAACGUGCGCUGUCUGGAGUCGGUGCUACGCUGCCAACCGGGAACGGUGCUGACCGCCGCCAAGUGCCAAGAUUUACGAGAUACGAUCGUCUGCUGGGAGGGACUGCUGAACUGGAGCGAACGGCGGGUCAUCACCAGCCAGUUCCUGGCCGACGUGCUGCUGCUAAAGGAUGUGAUCGGAGCGCUCGGCAGCAAAACGUUCAACAUCUGCUCGGAGUCGCACAUCCAGCUGGCGAUCGAUGGGUUGAAGAAUGAACACAAAGUGCUGCAAAACCAGCGCCCGAAAAUGCUGACCCUGAACGCGACCGUCCACAAUUGGGUCUCGAACCAGGAGCUGCAGCGCAAGGAACUGCUCGAUCCGACGGUCGGCGAGCGGUUGGAGCUGCUGGAACGCGACAAGAACUUUGUCCGCUGCAUCGGUGGCCAGUGUGGUGCGUGCUACGAUUGCCUGAACGAUAUCCGCCAGGAUACGGCCGUCAACCGGGAGCUCAAGGACAGCAUCACGGCCCUGUACGGUGCCUGGGAUGAGGCAGAAGUGCGAAUAAGGAACCGCAUCGAAAAUCUGACCACCUCAAUGAUGACCUGGAAGCAGCUUGAGGAUGGUUUGAUCGAUUUUCGUGACACUCUGGACCGGGAUCGCGGUAAGCUUCAAGGGAUUGAAGGUGCCCUCCAGAGUGGCAGCGGUCCGAGCGAAGAGAUUGUGAACAGCGUGAAGGAGGUGGUGAAGGCGCUCUCGGAGAAGGUGGAUCCGCUUUUUCAUGAGCCACAGCAACCGGACGCGAACGGAGCCGACGAACCGGGGCAACCGCUGGAAGAAGAAGCCGGGAACGCCGAAAACGGAGAGAUGCUGGCGGUGGUACUGCCGGCGGCUGUUAAGCUCUCGUCCAAUGGUUCUCUGUCUGACAGUGGCAUUUCCGAUGGCGGUGGCAUAUCUGAUGGGAGCCUUUCGGAGCGCGAACGGCGCCUGAGUGCGCUGAAGCGGUUGGUGAAACAGCUCGAGGUGUCGCUCGCUCCCGGCAGCGAGGCCAUGCAGACGAUUACCAAGCGGCUCGAGAUGGCCGAACACGAUCUGCGGUCGCUGCAGAGUACCUGCCGGAAGAUCAUCAUGAGCGAAAAGAAUCAUCAGGAUCAGCAGCAGCAGCAGCAGCAGCAGCAGCAGAACGGCCGAUCGCCGGGUGUAGCCGCUGGCAAGGAUGUGGCCGAUGGAAAUAACAAUAACAACAGUACGUCAGUAAAGAACAAGAACAGGAAAUCCCCUUCACGUAAAAAGAAUCGCAACAACGCAUCGCAAGGAAACUCUUCCGCCGAAGCCACCGAGAACGAGGACGACGAACAGGCGCUCCAGCAGCUGCAGCAGGAACAGGAAGCCCAGGAGGAGCUGCAGAGGCAACAUUUGCUCGCGAUGCAACAAUCCACAGCCCAGCUGGGCAUUGUGCAGACGACGAAAAUGAAGCUAUCGCAGAACCGCUGGGUCUGGCGCAUCACCAAGAUUGCGGUUCCGGUCCAGCUGGCCCUGGUACUGGUCUGGUGUGCCGCCUGCUUCUUCGAGCCGCACUGCUGCGAUGCGCUCAACACGUACUCGAUGAGCUUCACGCCUCAGUUGCGAUACCUAAAGGGGCCACCACCGAUCUAGGAAGUGGAAGAGACAGUGGAAGAAGUUGACCACCGUGUACCACCAUCGUAGGGCAUUCGCGUGCGGCCACUUCCGGCCGGACGCGAGUGCUUGUGGUUCAUUUUAACCCAUUUUUUUUGGAUAGAUUUUUAUAUCCUGGAGAUAUAUAAUGGUUAAAUAGUUGAUACAACGUAAAGUUAAAUCAACACGCCCCAUACUUCGUUAUUAAGAAAACUUAAUCUACAUAAUAUUGUCUUCUCCUGCCUUCCCUUUCCUUCUGCAAUGUUGUUCCUACGUUCAUUAUCUCGUCAGUUGCCAGAUCUAGUUCUACGUAGGUCGUAAUGCUUGCAAUAUUCUUUAUCUACUAAAUCGCGUCUUACGGAGGGGUUCUAACAGAUCUUAAAUAUGUAUUUUUUAACGUUUAAAUUUACACCGAAUAGAAGCUCUCAUCGAUCGCGAUCGAAUCGUUUGAUGAGUUGUUACGUAGGUGUAAGUGGCAGGCGAAGCAAGAGAUGCAAUUUUUUUCUGGCUAUAUUCAUCUAUUUUCUCGUUUAAUAUUACUAUUCGGUUCAAUAGAUCUACCACAUUCAACAGAUUUGGCUUCUUGAUGUGUUUAUAUUAUCAAAAUUACACCAAAACUAGUUAACAUUCAUACUAACAAACCCCUAACAUCAUCGACUAGGCGUAAGCGAUAACAGUGCCUUUAACAAUUUCCACACAUGCAGUCGCUGGUGGUAACAUUCGAACAAACGUUGCAUAACUUAAUACACAAUUUUCUCGCAAAGUGCCGCAAUAGCUAAGAACUAACACAUAAAUAUGUAACGGGCCCAAAAGAAAAUAAUCUAAGAUACUGCCAACAUUGAGGAUCACGCCUCGUCGCUCGAAGUAUUUGUUCUUCUUUAGUAUUUCACGAAAAGUCCCUUUGGUUAAAGCAUCGUGUGUAAAAAUUGACUUACGUCUAACACCUCCAUUCUGCCCGGAUAAUAGAGUAUAGUUAUUCUUGGAAUAAUUAUUGUAAAAUUGUAACAAAACCUUCCAGUUUCGUUCGUUCCAUUUGCCGCUGGCAGUCACUUUUAUUCUACACCUGCCGUUGGCCCAUUCCUUGAUGCACCACUUCUUAGCCGGAGGACAGCAGCCCGAUCCAAUCGGAGCGCAUGAUCGUAAUCGUAAGGAGAUACUGCCGGCGCGCUACUUCCGCUCGCGGAGUCUACUAUGUUUGCCUCCCGGGGCGCAACCGAAUCGUGCGCCACUGUGCGAAAGCGAUAACCACAAAACAAACAACUUACCGCAAAUGAAUAAUUGUAUUUUUAUUCUCUACUUAGAAGAUAACGGUGGACGCUGUAGACGCAAUAAGAGAAACGCCUAGAGAUAAGUGCAAAAACACGGAGGAGCGGAA